AUGAGUGCCGAGCGAUCCAAACUCUACGUAGAUUUACCUGGCUUUACUCCGUCAGUUAUCACUGGUGAUCAGUUACGUCCAGACCUUCUCUUGGCAAUUGAAAAUAAAGUUUUAUAUGUUUUGGAACUGACUGUUGGCUUUGAAACAAAUCUUAACUCUAACUCAGACCGAAAACAUAAAAAAUACCUGCCGCUUAUUUCAGAUCAAGAAAGUAACUAUGAUAAGGUAAAAUUUGUUAAUGUAUCCAUAAGCUCGCUAGGCGUGUUUGGUCAAUCGACGAACACCUUAACUGAUAUGCUCAAGGAACUGAAGUUUGAUGAACAGCAAAUUAAAAUAAUACAUUAA